ACUGCACUAUUGAAAUAUCUGAGGUAAAGUUACAAUGUAUGCACAAGAUAAUCCAGUGCAGGGGCGGACUGACAACUCAUGGGGUCCCCAGGUAAUAGGGGAUCAUGGGGCCCCUGUGUCCUUGCCCAAACUCAAAAAAAGCCUAUGAAAAAGGUACCAGGGGCAUCUCUUGGGGCCCCCUACUGACCCCGGGCCCUCGGGCAGUGCCUGAGCUUCCAAAUGGUCAGUCUGCCCCUGAU